CGAAUUCUACCUCAACUCAAACCUUCGAGAUUCACUAUUCAGCCAUGGUUUCUUCCAACACUUUAUCUCUUUCUCUAAUCUUAUUCCUUUCUUUCUUUUCCUUUUUCUCUCCUUCUCAAUCUCACAACAAAGUUUCUUUAGAAUUGUACUAUGAAAGCUUGUGUCCUUACUGUGCCAAUUUCAUAGUCAAUUACCUACCUCAAAUAUUCCAACACGACCUUACCUCAAUCGUUGACCUUAAACUUGUUCCUUGGGGUAACGCAAAACUCAGAGGUAACUCCACCAUUGUUUGCCAGCAUGGUCCAGAUGAGUGCUUGCUGGACAGGGUUGAAGCAUGCGCUAUUGAUAUCUGGCCUCAACUGAGCGAACAUUUUCCUUUCAUCCAUUGUGUUGAGGAUUUUUCGUAUCAGGGGAAGCACUCAGAAUGGGAAUCUUGUUAUGAGAAACUGGGUCUGGAUUCAUCACUUGUCGAUCAUUGUUAUCAUAGUGAGCAUGGAAAAGAGUUGGAUCUAAAGUAUGCAGCUCAAACAAAUGCUCUACAGCCUCCUCACACGUAUGUCCCGUGGGUAGUUGUGGAUGGAGAACCACUCUACGAUGAUUAUACAAACUUCUUAAGCUAUGUCUGUAAGGCUUACCAAGGCACCGAUGCACCACAAAUUUGCACCGAACCAUCAUUUCUUAGUACUGUUCGAGAAGUGGAAGCGAAGACUAAGCAUUCAUUCUGUGCUAAGGAAAGAGUGAUGCCAACAUUGGAAACAAUAAGGUCAACCAUUACCUCAUGGAUGAACUUUGUAGGUGCAGUUUAGAUGUACCAAUGUUGUGUGUAACAUAGAAUAAGUUUGUUGACGCUCUCUUGUAAUAAUCUAUAGAAAACUGCAAAUAAAACUUGUCGUGAUGUAGUAGUACUUUCUCAGUUAAACACUGCUGUGUAUAGUGUAUGAUGUUUGUAAGUGAAAUUCAGUAUUUUGGCCAUUUCUCAGUUAGAUACAUGAUGCAUUGUUGCGUAUA